CAGCGCUUCUCGCGGGCCGCCCGGCCGCGGGCCGCGGCUAGGCGCGGGCCCCUCCCGCCUCGCCACCCCCUCUCGCCACCCACGCCCGCCCCCGGCCGCGGGGCCUUCCCUCGCGCGGCCGCCGCUCGCCGCACUCCGCGCUCGCCCCGCCACAGCGCCGGUCAUGGAGCCCCGGGCCCCGCGCCGCCGCCACACCCACCAGCGCGGUUACCUGCUGACCCGGGACCCGCACCUCAACAAGGACUUGGCUUUUUCUCUGAGAGAGAGACAACAGCUGAACAUUCAUGGAUUGUUGCCGCCUUGCUUCGUCAGUCAGGAGAUCCAGAUCCUUAGAGUAAUUAAGAAUUUUGAGCGUCUGAACUCUGACUUCGACAGGCAUCUUCUGUUGAUGGAUCUGCAAGAUAGAAAUGAGAAGCUGUUUUAUGGUGUGCUGAUGUCUGAUAUUGAAAAAUUUAUGCCUAUUGUUUAUACUCCCACUGUGGGUCUUGCAUGCCAGCAAUACAGCUUGGCAUUUCGGAAGCCAAGAGGACUCUUUAUUAGUAUCCACGACAAAGGGCAUAUUGCUUCAGUUCUUAAUGCGUGGCCAGAAGAUGUUGUCAAGGCUAUUGUGGUAACUGACGGAGAGCGUAUCCUCGGCUUGGGAGACCUGGGUUGUAAUGGGAUGGGCAUCCCUGUGGGCAAACUGGCCCUGUACACAGCAUGUGGAGGGGUGAACCCACAGCACUGUCUGCCUGUCACUUUGGACGUGGGAACAGAAAAUGAGGAGUUACUUAAAGAUCCACUGUACAUUGGCCUGCGGCAGAGGAGAGUCAGAGGUUCUGAAUAUGACAAGUUUUUGGAUGAAUUCAUGGAGGCAGUUUCUUCCAAAUAUGGCAUGAAUUGCCUUAUUCAGUUUGAAGAUUUUGCCAAUCUGAAUGCAUUUCGUCUCCUGAACAAGUAUCGAAACAAGUAUUGCACAUUUAACGAUGAUAUUCAAGGAACGGCAUCUGUCGCAGUUGCGGGUCUCCUUGCAGCUCUGCGAAUAACGAAGAACAAGCUCUCUGAUCAGAAGGUGCUGUUCCAGGGAGCUGGAGAGGCUGCCUUGGGGAUUGCUCACCUGAUCGUUAUGGCCAUGGAGAAGGAAGGUCUAUCAAAAGAGAAGGCUAUAGAAAAAAUAUGGUUGGUUGACUCAAAAGGACUAAUAGUUAAGAAACGUGCUUUUCUCACGGAAGAGAAAGAGUUGUUUGCCCAUGAACAUGAAGAAAUGAAGAGCCUAGAAGCCAUUGUUCAAAAGAUAAAGCCAACUGCCCUCAUAGGAGUUGCUGCAGUUGGCGGUGCUUUCACAGAACAAAUUCUCAAGGAUAUGGCUACCUUCAAUGAACGCCCUAUCAUUUUUGCUUUGAGUAAUCCAACCAGCAAAGCAGAGUGUUCUGCAGAGCAGUGCUAUAAAGCGACCCAGGGGCGGGCAAUCUUUGCCAGCGGCAGUCCUUUUGAUCCAGUCACUCUUCCAGAUGGACGGACUCUCUUUCCUGGCCAAGGCAACAAUUCCUAUGUGUUCCCUGGAGUUGCUCUUGGGGUAGUGGCCUGUGGAAUGAGGCACAUCACGGAGAAGGUUUUCCUCACCACGGCCGAGGUCAUAUCUCAGCAAGUGUCAGAUAAACACCUAGAAGAAGGCCGGCUCUAUCCCCCUCUCAGUACCAUUCGGGAUGUUUCAUUGAAAAUUGCAGUAAAGAUUGUGACAGAUGCAUACAGAGAAAAGAUGGCCAGUGCUUAUCCUGAACCCCAAAACAAAGAAGAAUUUGUCUGCUCUCAGAUGUACAGCACUAACUAUGACCAGAUCCUACCUGAUUGUUAUUUAUGGCCUGAAGAAUUCCAGAAAAUACAGACCAAAGUCAAUCAGUAACACAACAGCUAGAAUUUCUAACUUUAUUAAUAAGAUCUUGAAGUUUUCAUAAUUUUUAAGGGUUGAAUCUUUUAUGAUGAUUCAUAGUGUGCUUAGAAUAAGGUGAUUUUAGUUUAAUAAUCAAACUUGUGGGAAUCUAUUAAUACAAAGUAGGAUAAGCUUCACACUGGACAGUUUUGUUUCACUUACUCUGGUUACUUGUGUGUUCUCUUUGAAUUAUUCUCUUUACAAAUUCUGUUAAAAUUCUGUUUGAAUUGGACCUGCUGCUGGGAAACUCAUCACUGAUAUGUAGGAAGCUAAUGGAAGACCCAAACUAGUAAUAAAUUAUAUAGCUUAACUUGAUUAUAGUAAAUGCCUACAUUUCUUUCUUGACCGCUUUAUUAAAACUCUCUUAAAAAGUAAAGAGAAAGACAAACUUAGCAUAACUGAACUUUUACUGAACAGAAACACUACUUCUUUGCCUAGAGAAAAAUCUCAGGACUAUUAUUCCAGGUCUCUGUUAGCUUUGUUUUUUGUUUGUUUGUUUGUUUUUCUUUUUUUGUGUGUGUGUGCGUGUGUGUGUGUGUGUGUGUGUGUGUGUGUGUGUGUGCAGCUGAACUCUUAACACCUCUAAGGAAGCUCACUACUGUUUACAGACCUUAUGCAGCCUUAGAUUAUAAUAGUAUUUUGUCAUUGCUACAUCCCAUAGAGUAAAGCUCUCAUUGCCUUGGUUUUGAAUCCCAACCCCUCCUGAAAAGCUUCUUUCCUCAUCUCUGACCAAACGCCUUCCCCAGCUCCUGGCUCUGCUAAGAACCUGGGAUGUUUCUAUUAGUCUGGCCAGGGAGAAAAGCUGCAAGAAGAGUCCCGGAGAAGGGGCUCCCUGAGGACCCUACCUCCACGAGAAGGUGUCAGAAGGAAGACCAUGGUGUCCAGACAAGCUGGGGUCCGUGGGGGUCACCUGCCCUAAUGUAAUUGUCCCUGUAGUUAGCUCAGGGACUGAGAGCUCACAGCGUGAGUAACCACAUCUCUGACUCCUACCCAUUCCAUCAGACAAUAAAACAUGUUGAUUACCAAAACCAUUCUAUGAGAAGAAAUAUCACUUUCCCAGGUUGUAUUAAUUAACUAGACAAGUUGAUGAUGGAAUGAAUACAAAUAACCUCAACUUCCUAAGCUCAGGUUCAAGAACAUUCUGUAUAUCUGGAGACAUUCUGAUUCUAAAGUAAUGCUUUAAAACGUACUGUAUUUGUGAUGGGCGACUCUAUAAAGUGACCUCCCUGAAGGUGACUAUCACAGAUUCUUUCAAGUGUGCAUUAAAAGAGGACUGACUUUCUAAUGGCAACUUCUGGUUAAAGGCUUCCUCAGUUAUUUGGGAAAGAUUCAGAAUUUCUGUCAAUUCUUGUUUGUUUCAGUGCUGUCAAAUAGUUAUAACUGAAUGUAUUUACCUAUGCAAAAGAUUUAUUAAAGCAUAGAGAACAUGAA